AUGAAGUUCACCACCCUCCUCGCCCCGGUCGCCAUCCUGGCCUCCACCGUCGCCGCCGACGCCGCCUCCAUCCAAACCGCCCUCGACACCAUCAACCUGUCGACGCUCAAGCUCAAGAACUACGUCGACACGUGGAACGGCAAGCUCCUGACCGUCAUCCCCAUCGUCGGCGAGAGCACUUCUCUCCUGGCCAGCAUCAACCGCGGCAAACAGACGGCCGAAGAGUCCGAGGAGCUCGACACCUUGGGCGCCCUCGGCGUUGGCGAGAAGACCUCUAAGCUCGCCACCUCGGUCAACCAGACCAUCACUACCAUCAUCACCUCCAAGCCCAAGUUCGACAAGCUCCUGCUCAGCCCCACUAUCCUCCUCAACCUCAAGCUCGAGAAGAAGGCGACCGAGGAGCUGAACGAUGUUAUUAUCUCCAAGAUCCCGGAGCUGUUCCGGGACUUUGCUAGGAGUCUGAGUGCCCCGAUCAUCGAUAGCUUUGAUGAGGCUAUUGAGACUUAUAAGCUCUUUUAG